AUGCGUCGUGCCUUCACGUUUGACGAAGAUCUCGAGAUCCUGUGUUAUUUCCUGAGUUUCUGUAGUUAUCGCCACAAGUUUGGCAACUCUGUGUGGAAAGACGCCAUCUUGAACGGCGUCUUACCGCAUCGGUCGUGGCAAAGCAUUCGCGAACGGUAUUUGAAACACGUUCGCCCGAAACUUAGUGACUUCGGUGCUUACGGGCUUUUGCCCAGAGUGCAGGAAUUUGUGGAUGGUCAAGCGGCCGAUGAACAACUUAUUCCAGCUCAACCUCUUCCAAGCGAUGAAUUUCCAGCGACAAGUACAGUCACGCAAGACGAUGCGUGCAUCAGAGCCUCGAGCAAUCUGGAUUCAAGUCAAGAAAGAGCAGCUGAUGAAGACGUCGUGCCAGCUUCUCCAAGAGUCGUUGUGCAGAAAAUGCGUCUGCGGAAUUCGCAGGUUAUUGGCAACAUGGAAACGUCGGUUUCUCGUGUGCCUGAGACUGCGGAAUCGGAGCCCUUGAAUGCAGUCAAUGCUGGAAGCGAAUCUGGAAGAGAAAUUGAGGUUGUUAUCCCGAUUUCCGUGAUGGAUUCUGGUCAACCUUUGGAGCCUCUUCCGGAUACUGACCAUCAAGUCGAUACUCAGCAUUCGACGUACGAAACUGCGGCAGAAAAUACCCAAGUUUCUGUUGCUGAUGAUGACGGUGGCGUGGAUAAAAACGAACCUGUUGUUGUGGGUUGUGAUGAAAUGGAAAUCGUUUCGGGGGUACGAGAG